AUGCCUGUUGUAGCUAUUGCAGGAGGUACUGGCAGUGUUGGCCGCUUCAUCGCUGAAGAGACCAUCGCAGAUGGCAAUUUUGAGGUCAUCAUCUUGAGCCGAAGGGAGCUCGGAGCACGCAUUCUGCCCAUUGAUUACUCCAAUCCCGAUGGCAUCACAAGCUUGCUCGAGGAUAACCACGUCGACGUCGUGGUUGCCGCACUAAGUGGACAUACACCUCCUGAACUGGAGAUUGGUCUUAUCCAAGCCGCUGCGAAGUCCAAAGCUACCAAACGAUAUAUCCCCAGCGUCUGGGGAGUCAAGUAUCGUCCGGAGCAUUCUUGGUUCUUCAAUGCCGCAGCCAAGCUGUCUCUCUUUGAUGCACUGGAGAAGACCGACCUGGAAUGGACCGCAGUUGCAAAUGGCUUCUUUCUUGAUUAUUGGGGUAAUCUCAAGACCUACCUCGAUCCCCAGACUACAGUUUUUGACAUUCCUGCGAGAAAGGCUGCGAUGAGAUACGCUGAACAAAGAAUAAGCACCCUCCAUCCCACAUCGCGUCUCACGAGCAGUUCUAGAUCAACUUAUCAUAUUCUAGAUCUCAAAUGUCUUCUGACCUAUCCCGAUUCUACUGCAACUAUACGGGAUGCGAGCGGUCACACAAGAAGAAGGAGCAUCUCCUACGCCAUGAGAGGGAUCACUUAA